GCCUCUUAAGUAUUAAAUAGAUAAUGGUUCCAACCUUUCAUCACCUAUUUGCACCGAUCUAUCAAGAUUUUCCUAAUUGAAUAAACUAGAAAUUUAUUAAACUAGAGUUUGCCCACUUCUAAUGAGUAUCCUGCCUUGAAUUGUCUAUACUUUUCCAGUACUUAUAGUCCACUGUCACUUGUACACGAAUCUUCAGGUGACGCUUGUGAAUUAAAACAAGUAGCCAAAUUAUAUAAUGGGUUACUAAUGAGGGCAUGAAAGGGUUGAGGACUGUUUCAUUUCUAUUAUUAGGGGACUAUCAUCUGACGGCUCUGAAGCCACUUUUCCUCUCAUAUGUAGUAGUGCAAAAAUAGGUGCUGAUGUGCUCACUUCACAUUGCAGAAGAUGAACUAUUGUGUGAGUGACAACCAGCAACAGUUUUAAGUGGAUAAACUGAACUGCACAGAUUCUCCUCUACAACUCUUGACUCCCCAUAAUCUUUUGCAAUUUUAUAUAUGAGAGGGAGAGGGAGGGGUAGAGGGAGAGCAUUAAUUCAGCCCUAGUAUCCUAGGGGUUCAUUUGUUUCUCUUGAUUCUAAUGCAGAGUUCCCAAAUAUUGUUCCCACCAGAUGUUUUGGAGAACAACUCCCAUCAUCCCUUUCCACUCCUGAUUGAGGCUGAUGGAAAUUGGAGUUCAGAGCAUCUGGAAGGAGAACCCAUAGAAUGUCUUCGAGAGAGUGAUUACCUUUUGAUUCAUUCAUGUCGACAGUGGACAACAAUUACAGCUCAUAGUCUGGAGGAGGGUCAUUAUGUUAUAGGGCCGAAAAUUGAAAUCCCUGUGCAUUAUGCUGGGCAGUUUAAGCUGCUGGAACAAGACCGUGAUAUUAAGGAGCCAGUGCAGUAUUUUAACAGUGUGGAGGAGGUGGCUAAAGCAUUUCCUGAACGAGUUUACGUCAUGGAGGAAAUAACAUUCAACGUUAAGGUGGCUUCAGGGGAAUGCAAUGAAGAUACUGAGGUUUACAACAUUACACUCUGCACUGGAGAUGAGCUAACAUUAAUGGGACAAGCAGAAAUCCUUUAUGCAAAAUCUUCAAAGGAGAAGUCACGGCUCAACACUAUCUUCAAGAAAAUUGGAAAGCUUAAUUCCAUUAGCAAAUUAGGCAGAGGCAAAAUGCCAUGCCUGAUCUGCAUGAACCACAGGACCAACGAGAGCAUUAGCCUUCCUUUCCAGUGUAAGGGCAGGUUCAGUACACGCAGCCCCUUAGAACUGCAGAUGCAGGAAGGUGAGCACACAAUUCGCAAUAUAGUAGAAAAAACGCGGCUGCCCGUGAAUGUGACUGUGCCGAGCACUCCGCCACGAAAUCCUUAUGACUUGCAUUUUGUCCGUGAAGGCCAUCGCUACAAGUUUGUUAACAUUCAGACCAAGACAGUUGUGGUUUGUUGCGCGCUGCACAGUAACAAAAUUAUCCCAAUGCACUUCCCUUUGCAUUUGGCUCUUCCAAAGUUUACCCUCCCUGAAAGUCUUGUGAAGGGGGAUGUGAGGCAUGAAGCCUUUGUCAAGCACUGGUUCAGCCUCUGCCAAGAGCAGUUUGAUAUAGAUGAGUAUUCCCGUGCUGUGAGAGAUGUGAAAGCUGACUGGAACGAAGACUGCAAAAGCCCGCAGAAGAGUUGGUCCACCAGCCAUAAUCAUGUGCCAAACUCCCUUAGUUACGCUCGAGAUGAGUUGACACAAUCCUUCCACCGCCUCUCAGUCUGUGUAUAUGGAAAUAACCUUCAUGGAAACAGUGAAGUGAACCUUCAUGGUUGCAGGGACUUGUGUAAUGAGUGGGCUUUGUUCUCUCAUGAUGCUCUGCAGUACCAGGAUUCUGGUGAUGGUAGCAAUGACUACCUUUUCCCUGAAGUCAGUGAAGAAUCAUUAUGUUUACCUACCAAACCAGAACUUCCUUAUGAAGAGCUAUGGCUGGACCAAGGGGGUGGGAAAAUGAGUGAGCAGCCUCUUACUCGCUCACAGAGUGAAAAGAACAAAUGUGACAACUAUAGAAGUUCGUUCCGGUCCAAAUGUGGUAGUUCCUCUCUUCCAGCACCUGGGGCUUUAAUAACAACAUCAAAAUCUUCAGAUGUUUCCCUACCUCCACCACCUGUGCCUCCUAAAUCUGAAGCAGUCAGAGAGGAGUGUAGACUCCUAAAUGCUCCACCUGUGCCACCACGCAAUUCAAAACCAACGUCCACCAGUCCUUCUAUCCCUCCACGAACAAGCAAGCUGACACGGCAGCAAACUCGUUCUCCUAGUCCAACCCUCUCAUACUAUUCUUCAGGGCUACACAAUAUAAGCAAUGCUGCAGAAGGAGAAACUGAAAAUCCCACUGAGAACACCCCAGUUGCUUGCUAUCCGUGUGGCACAGUGAAUGUCGACCUGCAAGAGUUUGGUAGCAAAUUGCCUUUAGGAAGUCCCUCUGCUGAUGCUUUGUCCUCUAGACUGUCAUGGCCAAAUCAUUUUUCUGGAGCUGCUGAAGGCCUUAAUAGGAGUGACUUUCUACUGGAUCCAAGCAGGAGUUACAGUUAUCCAAGGCAGAAGACUCCCAGCACACCAAAGAGAAACUGUCCAGCACCUUUUACAUUCAACUUUGACAAAAGUGAACUUCUUGCAGGGGAUGUACUGCUAGCCACAGCAGAGCCUGGCUGUGCUGUGUCCAGUUGUCCAAAGUCCGCAAGUUACUCCGUUGAGUGCACUGAUGAGAAAAGUCUGGCAGUAAGUAGCACACUGCAGUCUCUCUCGUGCCCUGCCUUACCCCCUCGUGCACCAAAAAUGGCAGAUGACAAACCAGCCCUUGAUUUGUGUCCACUGCCUCUCAGAAUAGAUGGCGCUGAGGAAGAACCUCACACGGGCUCACCAGACCUUCCUGAAGAUCAGUACAUUGGGAAAAAGGGCAUGCAGGACAUCUUUUCAACUUCCUAUCCUUUCUCAUCUCCUCUUCAUCUUCAACUAGUGCAAAGGUCUUGUGGUGAUGGCUCUCCAUGGCAGCCUCCUGUAGAUCUGUCUGGGCUUUCAGUAGAGGAAGUUUCUAAAUCUCUGAGAUUUAUAGGUUUAUCUGAGGAUGUCAUAACAUUUUUUGUUACUGAGAAGAUUGAUGGCAACUUGCUAGUUCAACUCAAUGAAGAGAUCCUUUCCGAGGAUUUCAAACUAAGCAAACUACAGGUUAAGAAAAUAUUGCAGUUCAUUAAUGGCUGGAGACCUAAAAUAUAGUGCUAACCUGUUCUGCAAAACUCAGAGGUAUGCUAAAAGCAUGGGGACUAACACAAAGUCUCUCUUUCUCUCCUUUUUUGCACUAAGAUCUUCCUUUCUUGUGUAAAUAGCAGGAGAAAAAAAUCUUACUAUGCAGAUAGUUUUGAAUGGUAAGCAGACCUUUUGUACAUAGUAGAAACAUAGAGGUGUGCCUUGUGCAUCCCUGAACAUUCAGCAGCUGCUAAACAGUGGACAUUAAAGGGAAUUUAAUUUGUACUCAUGUAGUGUGUUAAGACAUAUUUAUUAUUAUUGAUUAGGCAAAGCUGAGUAGCACAUAAACCAAUCUGAUUUUGUGUGUUUCCCAAUAAAUAUAUUUCCUCGUGGGUUUUUAUUCUGAUGGCCAUGUACUGCACCUUUAUUUUUGAUAUCCAGUGAAAAGUAUCAACUUCCUCCUACAUGGAGCAGGAGGGGAGGAGGCUGGUGCAUCAUCUGGACAUGGCAUAAGCUGUUAUCCUCAGCCUCCUCCCUUCUGCAUCCUCACCAUGCUCCUUUUCCUUCUCUCUGCAGCCAGUUUGCAAACUCAGGCAGGCAGUGCAGUUCUUCCUGUACCACCUCUAAGGAGGGCAAGUGGGGGCUUCCCCUUUGAUGUCCCAGGACUUUGGAAUGAGAACUUGGAAUAAUGCUGCUGUCUCCCAAACAAAAUUGGAGGGCCAUAGGACUGUGUCCCAAACUGAAUCCAAGAAUGAUCUGCUUUGGAGCAUAAUUUUAGGAGGUUAAUACCGGUGCAACAAUUCAGUGAAUUGUCCUUCAUACUUGGAACCGCUGCUGUUUCUUUAUGGUUCUUAAAAUAUACCGUUAAGAAAGAGCAAUACCUGACAUACUAACCUAAAUUAAGAGAAUUCACAUUCCAGAAACUAAACCUAGUCUAAUCAAAGUGAAAUUGAAUCAGUAAUUUUUGUGGUGGUUUUAUAUUACAUUUUUAGGCGAAGGAGAGCAGUUGAGGUAUGCAUCCUGUUCUUGAAAGAGCUAAAGGGUUAAAGGGUUUCAUGCCUGUUUUUAAGGCAAAGUGAACCAUAGUUUAUAUCUCUCUGUGGCCUUGAUGCAAUUUUCAUUAAUGCGAUAUUUUCCUUAGACUUUCUUUAGUUAUCCUUGUCCAUAGAAAACAGAAGACUUAUUUGGAAAGGUCAGGGAAGACUGCAUGCUAUAUUUAAGAGAGAAAGAUCUGACCAUUAGCAGGGGUUAGUAACAAUAUGAUUUCUCCAACUUUGGGAAAAUUGAUCAAAUCCCAAUGGUACUUAUUUAAGCAGAUAGUGUGACUUGAAAGUAAACUCUCUUGCAUUUAGUGGCAAUUAACCACCUUUUACUCAGCACUUUCUUUGCAUAUGAGCAAUCCAGAGUUGUCAUUAGGUAGAUUAUUAUAUGAGGGUCAGUUGAAUAUCUGUGACUAAAGCACCACUUCUGUCAGACACGUCAUGGGUAUUGCUAGGAUUGUCUGCACACAGAGAGUCUGACAUCCUCUCUACUGUAGCCAGCCCCUCCUGAAAACCAUUCUGGGGCUGCGGGGCAGGAGGCAUCAGGGUGGAACACUGGGAGUUGCUGGGGAAAAGGAAACAGGCUUAGGCACAAUCCUGUGGCUGGCUGGGACAUGCUGGGAGUCAUAGGUUUCCUUUCUGUCUAAACAUGCAUAGGAUUGUCUCCUUAAAAUUCCAACUAAGGUACUUUGAGCUCAGUUCAGGCAUCACAACAAGCCACCACUGAGGAAGCACCUUUUGCUGUUGUAGCCAAUGCAGAUGACAGAGUGGCUGUCCAUUUGUCCAGGAAGCUGCAGGUGCCCCUUAUCAAUACUUCUACUUUAACAACUGGCUUGUUUUAAAUGCAAGUGUUCCAAGGCCAGCUAUGCUCAGUUCAAAAUACCUUGUAAUUUCACAAGUGCCUGCCAUGUGUUUAGAAACAAUUAUGGCUUAAAGAAUACUUAUUGUUGGGAUGCCAGCAAAAUCUAGCUCCAAUUCUUACGUGUUUCAGAAAACAGCCCUGUACACUGGCACCCAUUUAAAAGACUGACAGCACAAUCCCAUGCAGAUUUACUCAGAACUAAGUCCCACUGUGUUCACUGGGGCUGACUUCCAGGAAAGUAAGCAUAGGAUUGUACCCUUAAUCAUUCAGUGCUAUGCCAGUCCUGGUGUAGAUUUAAGCAAUUCUGUAUUUAGGGUAUUCAUGCUUUUAUUCAUAGACCUGUAACUUAAUGGAUUUUUUUGCAAAUUGAUCUAUUCAAUGCAAACAUCCUGUCAGUGCUAGUUCACUGUUGUGAAUCUGUAUUGCUUUGUGGGCCAUUGUCUUCAGAAUCUCAUAUUUAGGAAAGAAGUUGCUAGAGACAAUGUGCCAUUUCUCUUUGUGCUCUGCAAGCCCCAGGAUUAAUAACUUUCUAACCCUGAAUACUCACACCAGUUUGGGCAUGUGUAUCUACCCUCAUUAUGGUGUGUCACAUUGACCAGAAUGACUUUAGUCGAAAAAACAUGCAGGGAAGGCCACAUGAACUAUUUCCACCCACAGUCGGAGCAGCAUGCUACCUAACCACUCCCUGAUGAACCAGAUGUCUUUGAGAAAGCAUUCUCUCUUCAUGCAGAUGGUUCCACAAGGAGCUACUAUGCUUGAGGGGGAACCCCAUCCCACCAGGACUCUUCCUCAAGUGUAGGAGCAUGGCGAACUCAUUUUCACAAACAUCCACUGGACAUGUUCAUCCAGGAAGGGAAGCUGGCAUGCAGUUCCAGGAGUAGGUGAGGCUAGCUCAAAGAACCAUUACAUGUGCCCACUGAAUGCUUUUCAUUUCCUCUUGGGACUAUUCAUCUAUGGGACUAAUAUGUCUUUGUUGUUCUGAAUUUGAUACUUUAGCUGCCCUCUUGAAACUAAAAUACUUUCAGUAAUUCUAAUCUGUUGGAGUAUAAAUGAUGGAAGGAGCACUCAUACGUAUGUGUACAUGGUGCAAGGAGCUGUGCACUUCAAACUCUGUCCACUUACAGAAAGAUGCUAGUAUCUGCUCAUCCUUGAACAUGGUCUGAUGUCUUGUGGGGUCAGAUCUUAAAAUGGGGUCAGAUCUUAAAAUCUGGCCCAGGUUAUCAGAAUUUUCCCAAGAUGCUAUGCAAUUAACAUUCAGUGCAAGGAGAAGCAGGCUGGCAGGCAGGUAGCAUAAUUGCCUCUUGUUCAAUGCUGCAAGCUAGAGCUGGGGCUCUUACUGGUGCAGCCUUGUGGGUAGUGACAAGAACCUACUAUGUGUAUUCUCAAUAAACAGCUCUUCUGUGCAUGUUUAGUGAGUAAUCAAGAUGAAAAUAAGUCCGUUGAAUGUAUAGGCAUUUCUCUUAAGGAACAGUGCAAUGGAUAUAUUGUUUGUUUUUAUCUCUUUGUAUGCAGCACCCUAGUCCUUUACAAAAAGGAUUCACAAAAGGAUUUCAAGUAGGAUUUUCUUUCCUUUGGAGAAGAGGGCAUCAAUGAGAAUGGAGGCUGCACAUACUACAUCUGUAAAAUUGCUCUUUUUCUGCCUGUGAUUAAUCAAAGCCCUACACUGUAACAUUUUGUGUUCCAUUUUUAGACACUUGCAGGGCAAUCAUAAGCAUGUUUACUCAGGAAUAAGUCCCACUGGGUUCAGUGAGACUCAUACAGGAUUCAGUGUGACCUUCUUCCCAGUAAAACUUGCCUAGAGCGUAGAGGCAGCAUCGGGCAGCUGGUGGUAAAAUCUAAAACCUUGACGAUUGCUUGCUUAAUACAUAAAGAACAUGCACUUUUUAAAGUUCAGUUUGUAGUUUAGCAAUUGUAGGUUAAACUAGAUUUAAUUUACUUUGUCAUAGACACACCUUUUAUAACGUACACAUUGAUUUUCUAACAGCUGCAGUUUCAAUAGAAGUAGAUUAGAUGAAACAGUUCAAUGGUUUGGACCUAAAGUUAAGGAAGUGAAUAUAAUGAAAAUGUCCCCAUUUUCCUUUUUCUUGCUGUAUACGGGAUACACUGGGGGAGUAGAGAUGUUUUAGCCCAACAGGCUCAAGCACUUGACAACACCUCUGAGGUCAUAUGGGUGCACAACUCAUUAGCACAUCCAAGUGUAAAUGUGCCCUUAUCAGCCGGGUUGAGAACGUCAGUAGUAUAGACCUGAUCCAGUCUGGGCCGCGAAAACUUGUGCCUUAACGACACCAGCCCAAAAGUGUAUAGGAGGCUUAGGAGAAACAAAUAUAGAAAAAUGAGUCUACACUUGUUUAAUUGUAUAUACUGCCUCUGGGAAUCUAGAAGUGGGGAGAUUGGCUUUUAGGUUGAACAAGCUGUACCUGAAUGCUAGAGAAUGGGUGAGCAGCAUAGAUCCAGCUCCACCCACUGUGAAGUACUGGCAGCAAUAUAUUAGAUGCGGCUACUUCCUACAUCAGCUUUCCUAAACUGGUGACCUCCAGAUUUGUUGGACUACAGUACCCAUCAUUCCCAGGCAAGAGAGUGAUUGGCCUGGUGACUGGGGUUGAUGUGUGUUGUAAUUCAACACAGAUGGGAGCCACUGCUUUGGGUAAGUGAUCUUCCAUACGAACUAGAGUAUAGGGAGCCUUCACCACUGCUGGUAUUGUGCUUGGGGAUGUUGCAAUCUAAGAAUCUCCAGAGGUGGUUACUUUUAAAAAAGAAAGGUAAAUGUUAGGAUUCCAGCAUUCAAUUACCUUUUAGAUGAAGCAAUCCAUUCAGAAGAUCAAACUAUAUGAAAACAUUAAAAUCUAAAUGUGAAGUGAACAUACAAGCCUUGCUAAAAUGAAGGAGCAUUUUAAGAUCUCAGAACAGUUUUAUUUCUUGAAUAAAAAGCUGAUCAGGUUGGAUGUAAAGUCAUAAUGGCAGAAUUUCAGAUGCAUUAUUUUCUGAACUGUAUCAAAGGAAACAACUGGUUUCCACUUGGUCAACCUUCUAAUGGGUUUCAUGUAUGUCAAGAAUAUUCCAUUGUGAAAAGUCAGUGUGCAUUUGUGAAAAUCUGUGCUGAUUUGAACAUCUCUUUACAAGUUUAGGGGUGAGGAACAUCCAUUUAAACCAGGAGCAAAUGAAUAACCUUAUAAUGCAUAUGAACAAAUGUCAUUUGUGUAUUGUAAGUAUAUAACUGUAUAUUAAAGAUAUUAUUUUCAUGAAA